GGGUAUAGAACGUAAUAUUAUCACCGGCGCGGAGGGUGUUUCAGUAAACAAAACAUUUUUGAAAUUAGAAAGCCGUUUGAAACACAAAUCCCGCCGAGAGCAGCCCUAGAUCAGUGAAGGAGAAAGUUCAGUGGCAGAGAGAGCUCGAUAUGGAGAAGAUAUGUGUUGCUGUUCGAUUGAGGCCUUCUGUAUCGGAAGAUUCAGUCCAUGGAACGUAUUGGAAGAUCGACGACAAUCGGAUUUCGCUUCAUAGACCUCACGGCACGCCAAUCUCCGGCAAUUCAUAUGCUUUUGAUCAUGUGUUGGACGAAAGUUGUACAAACGGCCGUGUUUACGAACUUGUUGUUAGGGAUAUCAUUCAUGCUGCAGUUGAAGGUUUUAAUGGAACCGCUUUCGCUUAUGGACAGACAAGUAGUGGUAAAACUUUUACCAUGAAUGGUUCUGAAAGUGACGACGGGGUUAUUCAUAGAGCAGUGAAAGACGUGUUUGAAAAAAUUCACACGACAUCAGAUCGAGAAUUUCUGAUUAGAGUUUCCUACAUGGAAAUUUAUAACGAAGAGAUUAAUGAUCUUUUUGCUGUUGAGAACAAUAAAUUGCCAAUUCAUGAGAGCCUAGAGCGUGGGAUAUUUGUUGCAGGUCUCAAGGAGGAAAUUGUUAGUAAUGCUGAUCAGGUUUUAAAGCUCAUCAAGCAGGGUGAAGUGAAUAAACAUUUCGGUGAAACAAAUAUGAAUGCAAGGAGCAGUAGGUCACACACAAUAUUCAGAAUGGUAAUUGAAAGCAAGGGGAAGGACAUCGGUGAUAAUUUGAGUGCCGAUUCGAUACGUGUUUCUGUAUUGAAUUUGGUAGACCUAGCUGGGUCUGAGCGUAUCGCUAAAACUGGAGCCGAAGGAGCACGCUUGAAAGAAGGCAAGCAUAUCAAUAAGAGUUUAAUGAUUCUUGGGAAUGUUAUUAAUAAGCUAAGCGAGGGGGUUAGGCAGAGGGGACACAUUCCCUAUCGAGACAGUAAAUUGACACGCAUACUCCAGCCGGCUCUAGGUGGUAAUGCUAAGACUUCAAUAAUAUGCACCAUAGCUCCAGAAGAGGUACAUAUAGAAGAAACAAAAGGAACUCUCCAGUUUGCUAGCAGAGCAAAGCGCAUCACCAAUUGUGUUCAAGUGAAUGAGAUUUUGACAGAUGCAGCGUUAUUGAAGCGUCAGAAUCAAGAGAUAGAGGAAUUGCGUAAAAAACUUCAGGGAUCACAUGCAGAAGUACUUGAGCAGGAGGUUUUGAAAUUAAGAAACGAUUUGUUGAAGUUCGAACUUGAACGUGAAAAGUUGCAAAUGGAACUUCAAGAGGAGAGGAACUCACACAAAGAACGCGAUCAACGUAUCAGGGAGCAACAGAUGAAAAUAGAAAGUCUCAAUAAUCUUGUCAAUCUUUCAGAGUCCGUACAAAACUCCAAUCAAAGUCGGGAACAAGAUUCCGUGAAAAACACUCUCAAGGAAGAUUUUAGUGGUAGUUGUAAUAAAAGCCAUGAAGAUGGAUUCGUAACGCCUUGUUUCAAGGCACCUCCUAAUGCUUUUGUUGCCAAGCGAUCUGAUUAUUCUAUGCCUCCUGAGUUUAGCCCUCUUCCAGAUGCUUUCAGCAAUGUAGCAGAUGAGGAUACUUGGUUGAAAUUGAAUAAAGGUUACGUUGUGGACCUUGAUUCACUUCAAACGACUCCUGCAAGAAAAGUGCAAUCGUUUCCAUUCAAUGAAAUAACUCCUGGUCAGGGUCUCUCCAAUGAGAACCAUGAACAAGAGAUUCAAAAUCUUGAGAGACGACUGGAGCAUGCCAUCAUGGAGAAAAAUAAUCUUCAGGAAAAGCAUGAAGAGCAAGUUCUUGUUAACAAGAAACUGAUGGCAGAGAUGUCAGAGCUUCAACAAAAACAGCGAGUAAUCAGAGAACUUCCACAAAAAAUGUCCAAUUCUUUGGCGAUGUGCAAAGAUGUUUACAUGGAAAUCCUAUCUUCCCUGAAGAGUGCCAAAGACGAUGAGAAUCCCUCAACUGUAAAAUUGUUGUCAAGCUCCGCUGAUAUUGGAACGUGUCUCUUUACUACUCUGGAGGCUCAUUUAACUGCAGCCAUGAAUUGGCAGAGUUAUCUAGCAGUGAAUGAUUCACUUAUUCAAGAACAAAAUGACCUACUUCGUGCGAGCAUAAAUAGCAUAAUGGAAUCCCUUGUGCUAUCAGAAACAUCAAAGGAAUGUGCUGAAGAUGACAUUUGGAAGGAAAGUUUGAGUACUGAACUGGAUGAUGUCAAGAAAAUAUGUCAUGGCCUCGAGAAAGAGCUAGUAUCCAACAACCAACGUUUGGAGUCAUCCAAGCUACAAUAUGACAACUUAGAAAGAGAAUUCAAGCUCAUGAAAGAUGAAAGAGACGCUUUGCGUAAAAUGGUGUCUGAAUCUGUUCAGAAGCUAGAGAUGGAGAAGGAGCAGAAAGAAAAUGCAUUAAAGGAACUGAACACUGAAGUCCAGAGACGAAGAGAUCUAGGAGAAGGGAUUAAGCGAUUCAGUGCAGCAUUUGCCUCUCGACACAGGUCAUUCAUGUCAUUCAACAGUGAGAUAAUGUCCAAAACUGAGGAACUGAAGACCCAAAAUCAUCGGGUUGUUUUUCCUGUUCCCAAAUCUCUUGGGGGCUGAAAAUUUCGGCUAUUGCUUUUAAUUAUUGUACUCAUGCAUGUUGUAUAAUAUCUUCUGUAAUUAUGAUCAUAGAAAAUUGGUUGAUUCAUUAUUGGUGUGGAUUUUGACCACAAAGUCACCUUCAAAAGACAAUAGAGAUGGCUCCUGAGCUUUGUGUAGUUGGAUGGUAACGAUUAUUUGCCUCCUUGAGAGUAUGAAAGGAUUGCCUGUAUGAUAAUCUCUCUAAGAAUAGUUGUAUUGAUUUCAAUGGUG